GCUCUGGCGUAUGCGUACGGUCGCGAGUGUGUGCGUGUUUUUCUUUGUAUAUAGACUUGCCGAGCGAGACGGCCAUACGAGGCGGACGGGCGGCAGGUGCGCGAGUGCGAGCGAGAGAAAUGCUGUGUCGCUGCAACUCUGUGUUAUUUCAGAGUUCCAGGCCAAACAUUCUGAUGUUCGGCCGAAUCGAAUUAAAUCGACUUUUUGUAUGCAGUAGCUCGGCAUCCGCCUUAAUUAAUUAGUAUCUACAAACGGGCGCAACAAUGGACCAAAUCGCCAAACGCGCUGCACUCUAAUCGCCGUCUGCGUCUCGCCUUCCAUUCGGGGUUUGCGCCCUCCUCCCCACCGCGUCAUUUGUUCGCUCACAAAACGGUGAAUCGUGAAAGGACCAAGAGUAACAGCAGCGACAAAGGACGAGCAGCAGCAGGAACUCAAUUCGAGAGCCAUAAACAAAGGACACUGCAUUUUCAGCACAGGGCAACACAAGGAAGACAGCUGGCAAGCGAAGAAGCAGCAGCAGUUGCAGGACCAGACGGAGCAGCACCGGGAACAGGAGCAGUAGCUAGAACCACCCGGCAGCCAGCCAGCACAGCCACAAAGAGCGCGACGUAAACCAAUGGGCACCAACUCGGGAGCCACCGCUGGCAUUAACAACAAGCCGGUUGGCGGUGCGGGAGCCGGCGUCCUCGGCGGCAGCGGCGUUGGUGUCGGUGUUGGCGGUGCCAACACUUCGAUCGGCGGCGUGCUAUCCAACAGUCUGGGCGGCGGCAGUGGCGGUCUGAGUAUCAGCGGCUUGAACGCUGGUGGACAGAACGCCAAUGUUGGCGGCCUGGUCGGCGGCAUGAGCAACGUGGGCGACGACGGCAGCAACGGGAUGGCAGGCGGCGGUCCGAACAACCAGCAGGCCACCACGCCCCAGUACACAAUACCGGGCAUAUUGCACUUUAUCCAGCACGAGUGGUCGCGCUUUGAGCUGGAGCGCUCACAAUGGGACGUGGACAGGGCCGAAUUGCAGGCUCGCAUCGCAAUGCUUCUCGGGGAACGCAAGUGCUUGGAAAGCCUCAAAUCCGACCUCACGCGUCGCAUCAAGAUGCUGGAGUAUGCCCUGCGUCAGGAGCGUGCCAAGUUCUAUCGGCUAAAAUACGGCACCGAUCCGCCGCAGCUGAACGAGUUCAAGCCGUCGAACGAGGAUGCUGGCCUGGCCGGCGAAGUGGCCACUGACUCGGAAGUGCCCUACAGCAGCGUUUCGAACACAACGUGGCGGCAGGGCCGGCAAAUGCUGCGCCAAUAUCUGGCUGAGAUCGGCUACACAGACAACAUCAUCGAUGUGCGUUCGAACCGAGUGCGCUCGAUCCUUGGUCUGAAUAAUAAUGCGGAACACGACGGCAGCGGCGGCGGCCUGGGCGGUGGACUCGGCGGAGGCACUGGGGGCGAGAACCUCAGUCCGAACAUUAAUGGAAACGAGAGCAACAAGCGCGCCUCGGAGACGGAAGGCCGUCAUACUCCCGCUAAAAAAGUGCAACAAUCGAUCGACGAGAUCAUCGUGGACACUGAGGCGGCCGUAAUGGCGAACUUUGAGUUCCUGGGCGCCACCGAGAUGUCUGAUGACGACGAGAUAUCCGACGACCUGGAGAUGGUGGCCACCGACAAUGAUGACACAGACGUAAAGCUGGCCAAGCGGGCCAAAUCCGGCAAGGAUAUGCUGACUGAAGUAUUCCCUAAUCUUCCCACAGAGGUUGACGGCUCACUGGGACUGGGUGAGCUGGCCCAACUGACGGUGAAUAACGAAUCUGACGGAGCUUACGACGCCAACUCAAAGGAUGGAACUGGCGGCAGUGCCGGCGGUGCUGGUUACCGCAAAACCUGGAACGCCAAGUACACACUGCGCUCGCACUUUGAUGGCGUGCGCUCGUUAAUUUUCCACCCGGAGGAGCCGGUGCUGAUCACCGCCUCCGAGGAUCACACGCUGAAGCUAUGGAAUCUGCAGAAGACGGUGCAGGCCAAGAAGUCGGCCAGCCUGGAUGUGGAGCCACUGUACACGUUCCGUGCUCACACAGGUCCAGUCCUGUGCCUGGGCAUGUCCUCUAGCGGCGAGACAUGCUAUUCGGGCGGCCUGGACGGCAACAUUGAGUGCUGGCAGCUGCCAUCGCCGAACAUCGAUCCGUAUGAUUGUUACGACCCCAACGUCCACUCCGGCACCCUGGAGGGGCACACAGACGCCGUCUGGGGGCUGACCACUAUGCAGAGUAAUAUCGUGUCAUGCUCGGCGGAUGGCACUGUGAAGCUUUGGUCGCCCUACAACAAGGAGCCACUGUUGCGCACUUACACGGCCUCGGAGGCGGAGGGUGUGCCCUCGUCGGUGGACUUUGUACGCAACGAGGUUGACCACAUUGUGGUGGCGUACAACAGUGCACACUGCAUCGUUUACGACACGGAGACGGGCAAGCAGGUGGUGCGACUGGAAGCGGCACAGGAGAUGUCCGGCAAUACGGGGAAAUUCAUAAACAAGGUGGUGUCGCAUCCGACACUUCCCAUCACGAUCACGGCACACGAGGAUCGGCAUAUUCGUUUCUGGGACAACACAUCCGGCACGCUUGUCCACUCGAUGGUGGCACAUUUGGAGCCGGUCACCUCGUUGGCCGUGGAUGCGCACGGUCUGUACUUGCUGUCCGGCUCGCAUGACUGCUCGAUACGGCUGUGGAAUCUGGACAAUAAGACGUGCGUGCAGGAGAUCACCGCGCACCGUAAAAAGUUCGAUGAGAGUAUAUUCGAUGUGGCCUUCCACGCCACCAAGCCGUACAUCGCCAGUGCCGGGGCCGAUGGCCUCGCCAAGGUGUUUGUCUAAAACGGGGAGACCACAAAGCGCGAGACCUGGCCCAGCCGGAUCGAAAGAAUUCAGAAUCCAGAGUGCAGAUUGCAGAAGCAAACGCAGAUGCCAGCAGCUCACAGCUAAGCGAUUACGAGUUCGAGUUAAAUAAUUAUACAUACAUUAUAUAUAUACUAUACAUUUAAAUCUAAUUAUACUUCAACCGAGAACAACAAAUUAUGCAUACAACAAUAAGAUGAUGAUCAGUGAGAGGAAGAAGCGCCAUUUGCUGCUAUAACGUAACGUAACUAAAACAAAAACCAGAAUAAAUUCAAAAUGAGAAGAGGCAUUUCGAGGCGACAAACAGAGUCAAGAAGAGAGUCGUGUGUGUAAUCUACAAAACGUAACGUAACACUCUAAAAGCAAUGCAUAAUACACGGCAUAUAACCACAAAACAAUACACACAUGAACCUUAUGUAUUUCAACACCGUGUAGCAGAAAAAGAGUUUGAUCUUGCUGCGGAUCUCACCCCCGAAUGAAAAUAUUGGGGACUAUCUUCUCAAGAUUGACCAUCUUUUUGGUUCUAGUUUUAGUGGCACUUGCAAAGCGAUUGAUUGCCCAUCAUAUAAAACACAGCCCGACUUCCUGUACAUUUUAUAUACAUAUUACACCCACAAUAUACAUACAUACAUAUACAUAUAUACUUAUUCUGUGCCCAUGGACUGCCGGGCCAUGACAUAUGCAUAGGCAAACUCGCUAUGUAAGUGCUAGGACACGUUGUUUCCCUCCCUGCAGGCCGGCUCAGGCGAAAGUGUCCUGCAGCCUGGAGCGGAUGGAUACGUUAAGAUGUAGACGAUCAAAUUCUUUAGGCUAAGCAAGGCAUAAUGCAUAUAACCAACCACAUAACCCCGACUCCAUAUUAGCGAAGGAGAGCGCGAUGAAUUGUAAAUUAACAUUAAUUAGAGGACGAGGACGACUGUUGUCGACGGGCGGCUUAUUUAUGUCAAGUAGCGACCACAAAACGGAAACUUUACUAAUUAGUAAGUGCAGAAUGCGCGCUGCUUUAAAUCUAUUAUUUGUAUUGUCGUUAAAAGGAGUAAUAGUAGGGAAGUACGCAAUUCUUGAGGGAUGAUCGAUCGAUUGUCCACGACGACCACAAGCAGAUGAGAUAUAAAUAAUGAUGAUGAUUGCAGGCAAGCUAUAAACACUGUAUGCUAAGCUAUUUAUUUAAUUUAUGCCUAGUAUUAAACCGAAGGAUAAACAAACAAUGUUGGCGCCAAUCGCUGAUCCAAUGGAUUUCGUAGUUGAAUAUAAAUUAGAUCCGCUUAUCGAUGGAUGCUGCGUACUCGUAUUUUUAAUCAAUGAUCACAUAUAUGUAGAAAUGUGAAUUGAACGUGAAAGCCGAGCAACUCAAUAUUAGUUUUUAGUAUUACCAAUUAUUAUUAUUUUACGUGACACACACACUCUACACACACACACCCCAACCCCCAAAAAGUUGAUAUUUGAAACCGAUGAAUUCGGAACCCGAAUCAAAACUAAAACAAAAUCGUAAGCUAUAGCGUAGCGAGGUCUGUGUACACACCAAUCAAAUCCUCUAUUAUUUUAAUUAUGUAUUUUAAUUUACGCCUUAGUUGUUAAAGUCAAAUUAACCCGAAGAAUCACCUUCGAUCGAUCGGUUCCCCCAGAGAGAUCCAAAACGAUAACGACGAUUGCGCGUAAUGGUAAUAAAAGUGAAUGUGGUUAUCCACACAGUUAUGUAGCAGAUAUAUACAUUUACAUAUACAUAAAUCUAUUGAUUUAUAAUUUUAACUGUACAUUUUUGAUUUUUUAUUACCAUGUAUUUUUAUUUGAAAUAAAGUUUUACAAAAUACGAAGCCGUG